AUGUAAGGAAUAGUAACUGAGUAAUUUGCAGGGACUUUGAAUCAUGCAUUUCGGGAACUUAUUAGAAGAUAACUACAUUCUAUGAAAGAGUUCGAUGAGCUUAGUGCUGAAUUUUAGAAACAUACUGACAAGAUGAAGAUCACUCAAACCUAUUAACCAAUGAUUGAGAUAUUUACAUAAAUAAAUAAAUGGAUGAUUGAUAGAUUGGAAAAGGGACAACAUUUCACUGACUAGAUCAUGACUCAAAAGAAGACUUAUGAGACCAUUGCAUAACAGGAAAGAAGUGUGUGUUUAGAGAUCUGUAAAUUGGAUUUAAAUCGUUUGAACAGUCUGAAACAGUGUUUCUUUCAUUAUCAAUAAUAUCUGAAGAAAGAAUGGCAAAGGGACUUUGUGGAAUACCAAUUGCUGUAUUUAACAUGCCAAGAAUAUUAAUUAGACUAUCCUCAAUUAUUAGCUGCAAUCUAAAAGUUAGAGGAUAAGAACAACUUACUCUUGGACCUGUUUAAGUCACACAACAAAGAAAGAGGAUUCCUGUAUUAAUUUUAUUUAAAAUACGCAAAAUUGAGAGUGUAAUACUUUGAAGCCACUAAAUAUAACGGUGAACAAUUGAAAAAGUUGGCAGUCAUUAUUCAAAGAAACAGCAAUGGUUUGGUUAAUAUGAUUUAGAAUGACUAAACACUUCAGCAUGAUUAACUUCUAUUAGAGUUGUAGAAAUCAAUAAGUUUCCAUGUUGAAAUUCAUUAGGAAAUAUUGGAUAUCCUCAAUUAACUAAUUAAAUUCGCUGAACAAUCCAAUGAUAGUCUAAAAUCCAAAUACACGAAGUAUAUGCAAUUAGUAUUAGAAAUGCAAUCAACUUCGAAUCAAACCAAUUUCCAUGAUUUUUUGAUGCAGCAAAUGAGUCUUACUCUAUCAGGCAUGGUGUAAUCCAAUAUUGUAAGAGAUAGAUGCUUCAAUAAUUUUAUUAUUGAAUUAAGUGAACUCAUUCAUUUUAGAAUUAAUAAUUUGAAUUGUAAAGCUAAUGAUAACUUAAAAGAAGCUGUCCAACAAUAUAAUAAGAAUUAACAAUUGCAUCAUCAAAUGAGAGGAGAGUAGUAAUGGAAUGAUAUGCUCUUGAGACAAAAAGAGAUUUAUGAGAGACAAUUGAAAGAAUAUUAAAAUGUGUUGUAAUUCAGAAAGCAAAGCUAUUUAAAGGAUCAGAGCAGAUUUUGCAAUAACCCAAAGAUUUGCCAUUGA